AUGAUUUUGAACGUGAGUUUAUCAGUCCUUGUGUCGGGAUAUCACGUGGAUGUCGUCAGGAAUCUGACAAAGCUUCUGUUUGAAACCAAUGUCUAUGAUAAAACGCUUCGUCCGUCGAUGGACCAUUCUUCGGCAACACAGUUGUCUGUGAGCUUCCACUUGAUGAGCAUAAACAGGCUGGACGAGGUAGAGAAGAGGUUAGUCAGUACGGCGUAUCUUGUCGUGGAAUGGCAAGACGAAUUCCUGACAUGGAACACUUCACAAUACCCUGUGUAUCGGCUGUCACUACCCCAAAACAUGAUAUGGAAACCGGAUUUGGUUUUGAAAAACGGAUUCACCGAAUUCAAGGAGCUGGGUGGUUCGUUUUAUUACGUCCUUGUCAAAGAUGACGGAGUAGUCAAAUGGAAACCGUAUCAAGUGUUUGAAUCUCAGUGUUCUAUAGACGUUACGUAUUUUCCGUUUGAUACCCAAACCUGUAACAUUGUUUUUACAUUAUGGUCACACACUGAGUACCAAGUAACGGUGGAUACUUUUGACAUUGUAAUAGAUAGGGAUGAGUACCAAAGCAAUAGUGUGUGGGAAAUUGUGUCUACCAGCCAAAAGCGAGACAGCUCAACAAAAAACGUUGUUCUCACAUACAGUCUUCGUUUAAAACGGAAACCUUCGCACUUCGUUCAAAAUAUUGUACUACCAAUUUUGUUUCUCGGAAUCCUAAAUAUACUUGUGUUCGUCAUUCCUGCCGAUGCUGGAGAGAAGAUGUCGUACUCUAUUACAGUAGCGCUUGGAUUCAUGGUAUUUCUGACGAUCAUUAGUUCGGAACUUCCUGCAAACUCGGACACCACUCCGUAUAUCAGUUCUUACCUACAGAUUCAGAUCAUCAUGGGAGGUGUUGCUUUGGUUGUAUCCUCACUACAGCUUCGCUUACGUCACAGAAAUGAGGGUCAAAAGGUCAAUGGAAUUUUUGAAUUAAUUUCGAAAAUUUCGCUCUGCAAAAUACCGACGCACAAGAAUGCGAUUGCUCACAAUGAUGUGUCACUUGGUGGGGAGAAAGAACAGAAUCUGACCCAGGACGAGGAGGAAAAGAACGUGUCUUGGAAUGACGUCUCGUCUGCGAUAGAUUUUCUGAUGUUUGUUAUAUAUUCCUUAGUAUACCUCAUUAGCACAAUUGGUGUGAUGGCUAAACUGGAGCGUGGUAUUUGA